GCUUGUCGAUGUUGUGUUGAGAAGGUGACAUUUUGUAGUCGGUCGCCUUUGCGCUGCUACACUCUGGCUAAACUACUGUGACAGAAAGAAGAAUAAAGUCACCAUGGCUUCUCUCGGGAGGGCUUUUGGUGUCCUCCGAGGUGGCAUGCAGCUCGCUCGACGAGGGCCACAGAGACUAGUCGUCAGGAGGGCAGGAGGUGGCCCACACAUUGAGCCCCAGUACAGGACACCCCCUCAACUGACAAAGAACCAAGUUUUCCAGUCGGAACUCCUAUCCAGCGCUAUGUGGUUCUGGAUUCUGUGGCACUGCUGGCACGACCCAGACGCUGUGUUGGGUCACUUCCCAUGGCCAGAUUCUUCUGAAUGGACGGAUGAGGAGUUGGGAAUCCCCGCUGACGAUGAUGAGUAACGGUCCUCAUAUUUAUGAAGCUGACUUUCAGAUCCCUCCAUUCCACUCUGUGAUCUGCUGCUCAAGAAUGACCUGAUCGUUGAUCCUGAAGUCAGUGUUGUAAAUAGACUGUAAUGAAAGACUGGUUUCUUAUCGUAACACGGUUCCUUCUUGCAAAACCUGUACACAUGGAUGUGAUGAAAGAAACAGCUGAUGUGCAUAACAUUGUUGACUUAAUAAACAGAUUUAUUUGCCACUUGAAA